AUGGCAAAAGACUUUUAUGUUUUAAGUGUAAAUUUUGAUUCUAUGACAAGAAAUAAAGCUCCUAAUAAUGUUUCAGUUCAUUGGGCAAUUUUGAAUCUAUUCAACAUGUAAACGAUUCUAAUAAAUGGGAUGAUAUAAAAUAGUCAAGAUAAGACUUAAUGAAGAAAUAUCAAUAAUUCAAGACAAAUGAAGCAAAAUAAACAACUCUGUCAACCUAUUAAUCUUAAAAAGUAAUUAAAAUUAUUUAAUUUAGGUUCUCGUUCCAAAGCUAGAGAAUUUUGACAUUAAACUAAAUAUCAAGAGAGAUAAUGUUAUGAAAUACAGAGAUAAGGAAAACAUUACAAGUUCUCAAUAGAAACAGUAAGAAAAAUCUGGAAUGAGCAGUUAAAGAAUUAGAUAAGAAUCUGUAUAUGAUAGGUAUAAGACAUCUCUAAAUCAAGAUUAUAUAAUUAAAGAGAUACAGAAAAAAAAGCAGGAAGGCCAGUUUAGAAUAAAUCUAUUUUAACCAACAAUUCAAAUCAAUAAUCAAAAUCAAUUUUAGCCCAUAAUAUCCUAAUUCAGAAACGAUCAUCUGAUCCAUCAAUAUUGAUGCCCAUAUCCUCUUUGAUUAAAAAAACCUAAAAAUAAUAAAUAGUUUAACAGCAAGACCAAAAAAUUACAUAAUAAUAAAACUUCCAAGAAUAGGUUCAUAGUGAAGAACAAUAUCGAAUUAAUGUCAGUAGAAUAUAAGAAUACCAUCCUGAGAAAAAAGACAGCUCUAAAUAAAUUUAGCCUAUAGAAUUUCAAACUAACGUUAAUUUAUCAUAAUUACCAAUUAAGCAUUGUUAUUUUUCUCUAAUAAAUGCAGAAGAAAGUAAAUAAAUAUGUUAAAAUAGAGUUAUAAAAUAAAAAAGUGAGAUCGCAAAGUACUGAGAAAAUGAAAACUAAAUAACACUUGAAAUCCUCAAAAGGAAAUCGAGCACAUACAUAGGGGAAGUAGGAAAUUAAAAAUUAAUCAAAAAUCAAUAGAUUAUACGAAUAUAUAUUGGAAGGGAAUUACUGA